CAGCGGAAGUGACGCGUGGGACAUUUGCUACAGGAUAUCGGGCGCGUGCUCCGGGUCGGCGCCGCUCGCUGAAUGUUGCAGCUUCCACUGUCCGCUCCCGGUUAUUGACAACCGGCCGGCGCCUCUGCUCUGCUCUGCCCUGCCCGGCCCGUCUGCAAACAUCCCAACGCCAGUCGCCGGAUUGGAAAAGUCCAGCGGAGAGCCACCCUGAAGGAACUUUAACUUGCAUUUCUCACCCACGUCCCACCACCUCAAUCUUACCUCAACCAUAAACUUGGAACAAUGUUACAAGGAAUAAAAUUAGUAUGGCGAACGUAUCAACAGUUGCUGACUAAACAUCCCUGGAAAGUCCAAAUACUGACUGCGGGUAGUACAUGUGGCAUAAGUGAUAUCAUUUCACAACAGCUGAUUGAACGGCGAGGUUUAACAGAUCACAGUAUAAAGAGGACAAUAAAGAUGACUACUGUUGGAUUAAUUUAUGUGGGCCCUAUUCUUUGCAAAUGGUACAAGUAUCUCGAUCAACUGGUAGUUGGAAAAAGCAAAGUUGCAGUUUUUAAGAAAAUGCUACUUGAUCAGUUUGCGCUUGCACCUUGUUUCUUGGCUGGCUUCAUUGUCGUAACUGGGUUCCUGGGCGGGCUUUCACGGGAAAAAAUAUAUUUGAAAUUGGAGAAUAAUUAUACAAAUGCAUUGAUGUCAAACUAUACUAUCUGGCCAGCUGUACAACUGUUGAAUUUCUACUUUAUACCACUAAAAAACAGGUUGGCAGUUGUUCAGAUUGUUGCCCUGCUGUGGAAUACCUACCUCUCCUGGAUGGCAAAUAAAGCAUGAUAAUUUACCCGAAUCAUCAAUUAAUUCCCACUUCAGGAGCAAAAGACUGAAUUUUCUUAACCAUUUGACACAAUGUUUUAAUAUAAGUUAUCGCUGUAGAGGAAAGCUAUUGUAAUUGUGGAGAGUUUGUUGGGAAAUGAACCUUUCACGGUAUUUGGUUUGUUUGCAUUGAAUCGCCUAUGUACUAGACUAAAACAGCAAAUCCUCUUCCCAACUCAGUUCUUGAGUCCGUUAACUGUGGAAGAGGAAAUGAUGGCAAACACUACUGUUAACUAAACUUGAGCUCAAUUGAAAUUCCCUGACAGGCCACUGAUGGCAUCGCGAAUGGCCUGUACUUUUUCUGAUCAUGUCCCUCUGUUGUGAAAGAAUCAACUAUGCUCUCAAUCUUCUCUCCUAUUUACAUAGAAAAUAGGUGCAGGAGUAGGCCAUUCGGCCCUUCGAGCCUGCACCGCCAUUUCACAAAGACAAUGCAGUAAAACCCUUGUUUUAAAGACCCCCUUAAAGCAGAUGUCAGAUGUAGUGGUCAGACCAGCCAACUCAUCCCCAGCCGUUUCGGGCCCCGGCUUCCGGCCCCACUCCCAACUUGCAACAUGCACCAGCGAGCCCUUCUUCUCCCACCGAAAAGACACAAAGUGCUAGAGUAACUCAGUGGGUCAGGAUCUCUGGAGAACACGGAUAGGUGACAAUGGGACCCUUCCCCAGACUGAUUCAGUUGGCUGAGUUACCCCAGCACUUUGUCUGUUUCAAACUAGGCGCUGAUGCCGCUGGUCUGCACCAGUGAGUCCUUCUUCACAUGGCUGUUGUUGCGGCUCACAUUGUAGCCCCUGGUCACAGAGCUUUCUUCAGGGGGGCCAGGGAUGGGUCGGCAGAUCAUUACAUUCACAUUCAGUUUACAUUUUAUAUUUGUUUGAUAUAAGUUUCUGGCACUCCACGGUGUUUUAGAGACAUGGGAGGGGUGUCAUUAGCAGGAGAGAGGUACAUUGUCCGUUCAUUAUCAUGAGACCUCUGUGGGUCCAGAAAACGGACAAUCUAGAAAGGCUCUGAAACCAAGGGUGCCAGAAAAUCGGUGUUUAACGUGUAAUGCAUGUAUUUGAGGUUGCCCCAAGUGUCAACCAGACGAAUACUGAACAAAUAGGAGAAUAAAAAACAUUGUGUAGUUUAAAAUAAAUUUAAACUUUUAAUAAAAUGAAUUAAAUG